AUGUCGCUGUCGUCGGGCGGCUGGUACAAGCUCGGCUGGAUGUGGUCCAUGAAGGCCUCCAUCUCGGCCGCGGUCACGUCGUCGGGCGCGUCGACGGGCUGCAAGGCCGUGGACCGCACGGCGGGGCGGCUGCGCCAGGACUGGCGCGUCGCUGACGACGAGCCGAAGCAAAAAGGGCUGCACGACGGCAAGCCCGGCUGCAUUCUCGCGCCGGGACGGCGAUCCUGGCGGCGCGGCUACGCGACGUACUUCGGUGAGGAGAUCUGCACCACAGGCUCGCCGUGGGCCGUCGACGGGCUCAUCAACGCGUCCGGCGUGCGCGCGGCGAUCGAUCACGAGCUGCACGCGCUGCACUGUCGGCUCUCAGAGCGGAGCGGCCGCGGCUACAAGUCCUUCCUGCCGGGGGACGGCGCCCCUGCCUACGCCCACCUGCGCUGGCCGCUCACGCAGCUCGAGCAGAUGUGGCGACGCUACACGGACGGCGUGCCCAAGUUCGCCGUCUACAGCGCGAACGUAGUGCACGAGGGGCAGUACGGCAAGGACCUCGCGCAGCACAUGACGGGGCUCUCCGCGUACGACGGCUACCUCGCCGACUUCCUCGACGGCCUGCUGCGCCGCCCGGAGGCCGACACGCUCGUCCUCGUGCACGGCGACCACGGCGUCCAGGACGGACCCAAGAUCCUCGACCUGGGCACGCAGUGGGAGCAGCGCGCGCCGUGGGCGCGGCUGCUCGUGCCGCGCGCGCUCGUGCCCGACGUGGCGCGGUUGCGCACGAACGCGCAGCGGCUGUCCACCGCCCACGACCUGUACGCCACGCUGCGCGGCGUCCUCCUCGGACGCCCGGGCCAGCGCCAGUCGUCGCGCGCGCGGCGGCACGGUCUCACUAGCUCCGAA